AUGCACCCUCAGUCGCGACACUGGCACUUGCUGGACUAUGUCCUCGUCCGGAGGCGACACCAGCGAGACGUGCUCAUGACAAAGGUGAUCCCGGGUGCCGACGGGUGGACCGGCCAUCGCCUCGUCAUCUUCAAGAUGAGGAUUCGCCUACAGCCUCGCCGGAGACCUCAAGGUAAGCAACCUUCAGGUAAGUUGAAUGUUACAUUUUUGUCUUUACCAGCUCUCCAUCUCCCUUUCAGCAAUAAACUAGCUCAAAGGCUGACCAAUCUUCCAGACGCCUCCGCUGCGGCCGCCGACGAGAACGCAUCCGUGGAGAACCGAUGGUGUCAACUGAAGGACACAGUCCAGUCAAACGCGCUGGCUGUUCUCGGCCGCGCACGCAGCCAACAUCACGACUGGUUCGACGACGCUUACGUUGCCAUCGGUAACUUACUCGCCGAGAAGAACCGACUGCACAAAGCCUAUGCUGGCCGCCCCACCGACGUCAACAAGACAGCCUUCUACUGUAGUCACCGCCUUGUGUAA